GAGGACGGGAAUACCUUUACCUUUUGAUAAUGUUUCUUUGAAUAUAAGUAAUAAACCAGGUAUAACCCUUGGAAUGGUACCUGUAUCAAGCGCUGAUUUUAUUUAUGAUUACAUCUUACAAUAUCCAAAUGUUACAAUAUUUAGAAUUGAAUUCACUACAGUAGAAGGUCCUCCAAAAAAUUAUCGUUAUCAAAUUUGGCUUAAUAGUACUUUAAUGACGAAUAAUUCUGAUGUUUUUAGCGAACAAGUUUUAGCUUUUCAACGUGAAAUCAAUGAAGCUAUAGUGUCUUAUGCAUCAGGAAAAUCAGCAACAAGUCCAGCAUCUGCAAUAUUUAAUAUCAAUUUAAAAGAUUGGCCAAUGGUUUCUCAAACACAACUUGUUCUUAAUAGAAUUGUAACUGAAAAAGAAGCAAAAUUAAAGGAUAGUUUAGUCAUGAUGGGAUUAAAAGUUGAAGUAAAAAUUUUCUUGGAUAUUACAAAAUUAUCUUUGGGAAAUCUUAAGUGGAAAAAUUUAUAUGAAAAAGUUGAUGAUAAAUUCUUACCAAGCUAUAACAAUCUUAAACCUGACGUAUCAGCUCCGAUUCAAUCUUGGUACUUGUUAUUAAUGAAUAUCGCAUUUUACGCUAUUCUCACUUGGUAUUUUGAUAAAGUAAUUCCUGAUGAAUAUGGUGGUAAUAGAAAAAGUCCUUUAUUCUUUUUAACGCCAAGGGUUGAAGUUGAUAGUGAGGAGGAUGAAGAUGUCGCAAAUGAGCGUAAUUUAGCCUUUAAUCCCGAGCAUGAUGCAGCUUUACGUAUAUGUAAUUUAAGAAAAGUUUAUAAAAAAUCAGUUGCUGUCAAGGAUUUAUGCUUAACUUUAAAAGAAUCAAAUUGUUUGGUACUUCUUGGACAAAACGGUGCCGGUAAAAGUACAACGAUCAACAUCAUCUCUGGCGCCGCAAGGGCCACUUCGGGUGAUGCACUUCUUUAUGGAUGUAGUGUUAAAGAUGAAAUUGGUAAAAUUCGUACGAUGAUGGGAGUUUGUCCUCAACACGAUAUUUUAUUCAAUGAUUUAACUGCAAGGGAACAUAUUGAAUUAUAUGCUGGUAUCAAAAAUAUUCCUGCCGAAGAAAUUCAAAAAUUGGUCGAUGAACGUUUAGCAAGUGUGAGGCUUGCAAAGGUGGCCGAUAAAUUAGCUGGUGGAUUUAGCGGUAGUAUGAAACGUCGUUUAAGCACGAUCAUUGCUACAAUUGGUGAUCCCAAGAUUCUCUUACCCACAACUGGUAUGGACCCCGUACAUCGUCGUCACGUAUGGAGUUUUAUUGAAAAUUUCAAACGUGGACGUGUGAUUAUUCUCACGACCCAUUCUAUGGAGGAAGCGGACGUUCUCGGUGAUCACAUUUGCGUUAUGGCUCAUGGGAGCCUCCGCGCGCAUGGAAAUCCGAUAAGACUUAAGAGAAAAUUUGGUAGUGGUUACAGGGUAUCCUUGGUAACGAGAAUUGAAGAUAUCGCGAGAUUAAAACGAUUGAUGAAAAAGAGAAUUCCCGAAGCUAUCUUAGAAGAUGAUUCGGCUGGAUCAUUAUUAUAUGAAUUACCAAAUUCCGCCUUACCUAAAUUACCUACUUUGAUUAAUUGGUUUGAAGAAAAUGAGGAAAAAAGUUAUGGUGAACCCGACAUGAAAUUGCUUAAAGCUUGGGGAAUUAGUCAAAAGUCUUUAGAAGAAGUUUUCUUGAGAUUGUAA